GACUUUUGCUCUGGAAACAGCACCUCGGAACUCCAGCCCGAGAAAGCACUCCCCAGUAUGAGGGCUGCCCUGCUCCCUGUGGCCAGGGCAGCAAGCCUUGGCCUUAGCUUCUGGCUUCUGCUCUCCUGGGUAGACCGAGGUGUGGUCGCCAAGGAGCUCAAGUUUGUGACUUUGGUAUUUAGGCAUGGAGACCGAAGUCCCAUUGAAACCUUCCCUAAUGACCCCAUUAAGGAAUCCUCAUGGCCCCAAGGAUUUGGCCAACUCACUCAGCUGGGCAUGGAGCAGCAUUAUGAACUUGGACAAUAUAUAAGGAAAAGAUAUAGAAAAUUUUUGAAUGAGUCCUACAAACCUGAACAGGUUUAUAUUCAAAGUACGGACAUUGAUCGGACUUUGAUGAGUGCUAUGACAAACCUUGCAGGCCUGUUUCCUCCAGAGGGUGUCAGUAUCUGGAAUCCCAGCCUACCCUGGCAGCCCAUCCCGGUGCACACGGUCUCUCUUUCUGAAGAUCGAUUGCUAUAUCUGCCUUUCCGGGACUGCCCGCGUUUUAAAGAACUUAAGGAGGAGACUCUCAAAUCAACAGAAUUCCAGGAGAGGCUGCAUCCUUAUAAGGAUUUUAUAGAAACCCUGCCAACAUUUACAGGAUACCAUACCCAGGACCUUUUUGGAAUGUGGACUAAAGUUUACGACCCUUUAUUUUGUGAGAGUAUUCACAAUUUCACUCUACCCUCGUGGGCCACAGAGGACACCAUGAUUAAGUUGAAAGAAUUAUCCGAAUUAUCUAUCCUGUCCAUCUAUGGAAUUCACAAGCAGAAAGAGAAAUCUAGACUGCAGGGGGGUGUCCUGGUCCGUGAGAUCCUCAAACACAUGAAGAGUGCAACUCAGCCAUUGAACCACAGAAAACUCGUCAUGUAUUCCGCACAUGACACUACCGUGAGUGGCCUACAGAUGGCACUAGAUGUUUACAAUGGAAUCCUUCCUCCCUAUGCUUCGUGCCACAUAAUGGAAUUGUAUCUUGAGAAGGGGGAGUACUUUGUAGAGAUGUACUACCGGAAUGAGACACAGCACGAGCCAUAUCCCCUCACGCUGCCAGGCUGCCUUCCCAGCUGUCCUCUGAUGGAGUUUGCUAAGCUGGUUGCUCCUGUGAUCCCCCAAGACUGGUCCACGGAGUGUACGACCACAAGCAAUGACCAAGUUCUAAGGGUCGUCCUUGCUGUUGCCUUUUGCCUGGUGUCUGGUGUCCUGGUGGUGCUGCUGUUUACCCUCCUCCGCCAUGGGCCCUGCUGGCACAGAGACCCCUAUCGGAACAUCUGAGCAGAUGGCUGGAUAAGGACGGACCCACCAGACCAGACUCCUGGGGUGCCUGAUCUCUCAGUGAUGCCUCAUUCAAAGGACAGGCUUUCAUGUGGCCAUCAUCCUGCCCACACCCUUCCCUUCGAAACUGUCUAGAACAGGGUCCAAACUCCAAGAGACCCAAGGACUAGAGAAUGAACCCACAAGUUACUUGGUUAGGUCUCCUGAUGGUUGCCCUCCUCAUAGCAGUGUGGGCUUCUUAUUCAGCUAGGAGGUCUUCUGCAAAGGAUGGUAGUCCUCUAGAUCUAGCAUGGAUGUCCAGAAAGAAAGAAAAAAUCGAACUCCAAUCAGCCUUUUGCCUGCAAAGAGCAAAAGGUUGCAAUGUGUGACAAAGACGUAUAUUAAAGAAGACUGGAUAAUGAGGACAAUUAAACUAGAAGUAGUAUAUGUAGGAUGAUUCUUAAGAAGUAAGACCCAAUUAGAAGGUAUAAAUGAAUCAUUUCUUCAGUUGUUAAGUAGAUUUAAUACAAAUAUGUACACACCCCUGAAAAGAAACUCCCGCCCAGUGUUUAGUAGCUAACAGAUUUCUGUGUGUGUAUAUGUGCUAACACACAUAACAUACACGUAGCUGUAUUGAAACUGCCUUCGGGAGAGGUAUUUCAUUUUCCGAACCCGUAAUAUCAACAACUGUAAUGGUAGCACAGGUCAUUUCCCCCACAACUUCUAUAAUGUGAAAAAAGUUAGAAAAUCCAGGCAGCCAUGUUUUUUUUGUUGUUUGUUUGUUUGUUUGUUUUUACCUCUACUGUCAUCAGACCUCGAUAUUUUUAUAGUUCCAAUUUCUUUGUUUCAUCUCAAACUAAGAGAUUUACUUUGAUGAGAACUCUUCAUGGCCAUGAUGAAAUACUAAUGUAUUUAAUCAUCACAAAUAGAUCUGAAUUUCUCAAGUGGCAUGGCAGAAAGAAAAGUGAGCUGAAGUUUGAUGACACCCUGGCACAUCUCCGUACUGGCUUCGGGCCAACAACUUGGAACAAGUUCUUUUAAGUCUUAAAACUUGGCUUCAUAAUCUAAAAAAUGAAGAGUCUAGACUAGAUGAAUGAACAUAGAAGUAACAUCUAGUUCUCAUGUUCUGUGAACAAUUUGUUUUUCAUUUCAUGCUGGGGAUUCGUCAUUGUCCAAGCAAGCACUUUCAUGAUUGAUACCAUUGCAUUUAGCCUGAAAUGGAUUCUAAGCCAUCUUAUCCCAUGCUGACACUUUAACCAUCUAGUUGGUGGGAAAUUCAGUGUCAUUCAUUGGUAGGACUCUUCACCUUCUCAGGUAUUACUAAAGGUCCCAGAAUGUAAUUGGUGGGAAGAGUUGGAUAAGAAUCCUCUAGGCUACUGUCCACACUGGUCUCCAGUAAACACACUGUCCAUUCCCACAUGGUCUCCUGAAGGUAGGCAGAGGACAUCUGUGCAUGGCCUCCAAGGCCAUACACUUGGACUUUGCCAUCCUGGCAUUGUCCAGUCCCCUCCCUGGGAUGAUACCUAUAAACCAGAAACUCUCCUAGAACCCUGCCCCAUCUCUUAGUCUAGGAAUCUUCCCCUCCUCUUGGAUUCCACAGCUUUCUCCUGUAAACUUCAAGCGCUUACCUCUAUCACUUUCUACAUAAUUCCUACUGAGCCAAGACUAUUAGUGGGGGGGGGAGCCUGAGAAGGAGGGAGUUGUAUUCUCUUGCCUGGCAACUGCUGCUUCCUCCUGCAACACAAAAGGCAUGUAGGCAAAGAAAUGCAAGAUCCAGCUUCAUCCUCAACCUGGGAAGGGGAAAAACAUCUAUAGGUGCAAGAACAAAGGACAAAUUACCAUCUCUGUAAAGUAGCCUGCCAUUUAGUAAUGAGACCAUAACAUCUUAUGCUAAUACGUAAUGAGAUUUGAAAAUAGAAGUAGAACAUAGAACCAUAAGUCAUGGAUUUUUUUCACUUAUUUAACAAACAUUGAUAGAGGACCUAUUUGCUAAUCACUGGCUUAAAUGCUAAAUUGUCCAUCCUUAAUCUGACUGCCAAGGUGUUUGCUGCAACAACAGCCUUAUAUAGGGUUGAUAGAAUAUAAAAGUAAAAGUUUUCACCACCUUUCCCUAAUAUCAUCUUUUAAUACUGUCAGUGGCUAAAAGGACCCCUACUUUCUAUUGUUUCUGGAUUCUUUUUUAAUAUCCCUCAUUUUUCUUCUUUUACCAUCUCUUGAUUAUUGUAAAGAAAGCUUUCACGCCUGGCUUGGUUAUUUCUUUUACCUUCCACAGAGCUGCUCUGUUGAUAAACACUGUCAUUGUUUUUCAUAGUUAAUGGCAGAGUGAAAAACACAAAUGACAAAUGAUCUAUAGUGACAAAGCUGGCAACACAAAUCCACUGUACCAUUCCUCAGGAAAUAAGCUAAUUAUCUGUCUUUAACAGAAAAAUAUUCAAAUUCCCUCUAUCGAUAAAAGUAACCUUUUCAGAUGGAUCAGAGAAGCUCAGUAGACAUAAGGAUAAUAUUGUUUGAAAGAUAACUGCUAGGAUUGAGAUAACUUCUGCUCUGAAAUGUGUUGCCCACUUUGAAUGGGAAAUUUGAAUUGGUAUAGAGGUCUUGGAACAGGAUGAGAGUAAUGUAAUCAUUACCACAUCACUUGAGGGAAAUGUCCUAAAAAAAUAAAAUUCUAAGUAAGAUGUACACAGAGAAUUCCUAGCUAGAAUGGCAUUAUGUAAAGAAGUAUUAAGAGAAUAUGAUUAUAUAAAAAGAAUAAUUUAUGGUAUUAGAAGAGUACAACCCUUAGAGGCAAACAUUUUAUUGGAAGUCAUUCAACCAACAGAAUUUUUUAUAUCAGGACUCGCAUUGCUUCUCCCUGAAUUCAAUCGUGUUCCCUAUUCUCCCAGCUUCCUGUUCUCGAGCCAUCUUGUCCUAAUAUUACUAGCAUUGAUCCUUUCUUCAUUGCCAGGGGAGUUUCUUGGCAAGUGAAAGCCAAAAUGAGUUUUCUCCUUCAGAACUCUCUUUAUACAAACCCCAUUGAGUAGUAAUGAACAUGUGCUACAUUUUGGUGCUUUAGACCAGGGCUGUCUAACAGAAACAUAAUACAAGCCACAAAUAAGGACCCCAUAUGGGAUUUAAAAUUUUCUAAUAGCUACAUUAUAAAAAGGUAAAAAUCAAUAUAAGAUUUAUUCUAAUAAAAUUUAACCCAGUGUUUCGCAAAAAA